AUGGGCCACCAGGAGUCUCCGCUGGCCCGAGCGCCGGCGGGAGGUGCGGCUUAUAUAAAGAGGUUAUGUAAAGGGCUCAGCUGGCGCGAACACGUGGAGAGCCACGGGAGCCUGGAAGCCUGGGCCUUCCCCUCGAGCGUCGCUGCCACCUCGGGUGCAGCGGCAGGGCCCAUCGCACACCAAACCCGGGCCAUCGCCUCCCGCGCGGGUAGGUCUCCGAGACAGCCCCGGCCGGGAGCGGACCAUCCCCAGGCGGGGGCUCCAGGGAGGAAACGGGCCUCCCGGAAAUGGAGGAGCGCCGGCCAGGUCACAAGCCAAGGUCCCACUUCUCCGCGUCCCGGGGCCGGACGGAGGGAUGAGGCAGGGGGGGCCCGGGCAGCGCCGUUGCUGCUCCCCCCGCCGCCUGCAGCCAUGGAAACGGGGGUGGAGGACGGCGCCCGCAGAGGUACACAAAGCCUGGAGCGGAAAAGGCGAAGCCCAGUGCCGCGGGCGCCCAGCGCGAAGCUGAGGCCGGCGGCGGCGGCCCAGGCCAUGGAUCCGGUGGCGGCCGAGGCCGCAAGCGAGGCCUACCUGGCGCGGCGGCGGCCGGAGAGCAGCGGCGGGUUGGUGCGACCGCGCUACAGCCUGUUGGCGGAGAUCGGGCGCGGCAGCUACGGAGUGGUUUAUGAGGCAGUGGCCGGGCCCAGCGGGGCCCGGGUGGCGGUCAAGAAGAUCCGCUGCGACGCCCCCGAGAACGUGGAGCUGGCGCUGGCUGAAUUCUGGGCCCUGACGAGCCUCAAACGGCGCCACCAGAAUGUCGUGCAGUUUGAGGAGUGCGUCCUGCAGCGCAACGGGCUAGCCCAGCGUAUGAGUCACGGCAACAAGAGCUCGCAGCUUUACCUGCGCCUGGUGGAGACCUCGCUCAAAGGAGAAAGGAUCCUGGGUUAUGCCGAGGAGCCCUGCUAUCUCUGGUUUGUCAUGGAGUUCUGUGAAGGUGGAGACCUGAAUCAGUACGUCCUAUCCCGGAGGCCAGACCCAGCCACCAACAAAAGCUUCAUGCUACAGCUUACGAGUGCCAUUGCUUUCCUGCACAAAAACCAUAUCGUGCACAGGGACCUAAAGCCAGACAACAUCCUCAUCACAGAGCGGUCUGGCACACCGAUCCUCAAGGUGGCAGACUUUGGACUAAGCAAGGUCUGUGCCGGGCUGGCACCCCGAGGCAAAGAGGGCAAUCAAGACAACAAAAAUGUGAAUGUGAAUAAAUACUGGCUGUCCUCAGCCUGUGGCUCAGACUUCUACAUGGCUCCCGAAGUCUGGGAGGGACACUACACGGCCAAGGCAGACAUCUUUGCCCUGGGCAUUAUCAUCUGGGCAAUGAUAGAAAGAAUCACUUUUAUUGACUCUGAGACAAAGAAGGAGCUCCUGGGGACCUAUAUUAAACAGGGGACUGAGAUCGUCCCUGUUGGUGAGGCGCUGCUAGAAAACCCAAAGAUGGAGUUGCACAUCCCCCAGAAACGCAGGACUUCCAUGUCUGAGGGGAUCAAGCAGCUCUUGAAAGAUAUGUUAGCUGCUAACCCACAGGACCGGCCUGAUGCCUUUGAACUUGAAACCAGAAUGGACCAGGUCACAUGUGCUGCUUAAAAUUCAGGGCAAAGCAUCUUGGCUGUUUUUAAAUGAGGUCGAUCCUCGGGACCUACAGUGUCAUCAUGUCUCGUGCAGAGGAUGGCAGAGGGUACAGGUGGUGGCUUGGCCAGUUGGCGAUUUCCCGACAGCUGGAUCUCCGGCAAUGUGAAGCUUUUGUUUGGGUUUCCCCUCUCUUUUAGUUUUGCUUAAUUUUUUUUUUUUUCUUCUUCUUCUCUUUUUCUUUUUUAAUUUAAACCAUUGACACUUCAGAAGAGCAGGAAGAUAUGCUAUGGACAGGCACCAAUUUAAAGAAAUUCAGUGUGGACAAAGCAUAUGUAUAAGUUUCACUUUAAAUUUUAUAAGGGGCUAGGGAGCUGUUUUGUUUUUGUCCUUUUCUUUCCCUCCGUCUUCUUUCUUUUACAUGUCUCUCAGUUCUGCAUAUAGCACCUCACUUCCCCCAGAGAAGGCUUGCCUCCCCAUAGGGAUUUUUGGGGUUUCUUCUGGAAUGAGGUAUGAAGACAUAAGGAGACCUCUGGGCCACCUGCCUCCCAGAUGCAAGAAAUGCCGGACUCUUUGCUGGGCUGGUCCCUGCUAGCCCUUGGGCCUCAGAAAUGAUCAGAGGUGAAGAACCACAUUAAAGAGGAAGACCAGGGUUUGGCCAGGAGGACUCAAAAAAGAAGGUCUAAGCUGUGGGUUCUGUUCUCUUUAAGCUUUUGGGAGCCCCCAGACACACCAGGACUUACAGUGGUUGAAACCAGUUUCUUUCUCUGCCCUUUAUAACUGGGAGCUCGGAGGGAGGGGUAGAGGGUGACCAUCUCCCAUUUGCUGUGGUUGAGCGGCCACCCCACCCCAGUUCUACAACCCUACCUUUGUGUUAGGAAAAAACUUUUGUGCCAGACCUCUGCCUGGGACGCAGCUGGAUCUUCCACGGGCAUCUGUCACUGCUAUGAAGUCAGCACCCCCUGCCUGCUGCCUCCUGGAUCGUCGUCAUCCCAGAUGUGAUCACAAGUGUCCAGGUUGUCACAGGCUGCCUAAGGCCCUGAGAUCCUGUUGUGACCGUUGCCACAACAACAGUGUGUCCUGAACUGGCUGCCACUGUCGUCUUCUCGCAGUGAAGGGUGUGCCCUGUGUGCCGGGGUCCAUGGUGUCAUGUACAGUGACACGUGCUGUUAAGCGCCGUCUCCCUUAUCCCUAGGAACUUACCGUUAGGUGCCCCCCCCCCCCCCCCCAGAGUAAAUGUGUCUGAUGGGAAAAGAAUGGACCUGCCUGGAGCAGGGUGGUGUCCAGUGGGACUGGGUAGACCCUGUGCCAUCAGGUGCCAUUCUUGCGCUUGCCGCCUUAAAGCUCCCCCAGCUGUGUCCCUCUAGCCCCACCAGUGACGUCUGUGUAGCCAUUCUGACGCUCGCUCGCUGACAAUGUUCUUGCAGCCUCCCUAAGAGAGGCCUCCCUCCCCCUGGACUGUCCCUCCCCCCAAAAGGAGAAGGGAAGUAACGUUCCUGUCUUGUCCCUCUAUCUGGACAUGACUUUGUCUACUCCAAAGGCUUUUUACCCCAUUAUGGCCAAAUAGGAUAGGGUCUGUGGGGAAAGGGAAAGGAAUUAUUUUGGUUUUUUGUUUUUACCUAAACCAGCAUAGGAUUGAUAGGGGAGACAGUUAGAGGACAUUUCAGUUGGUAUGUGACCAAUGGGGUCUUUCCCCCAAAAGCAACAAUCCUUUGGCCCUGGGAGCUUGGAAGAGACCAGCAAAACAUCAAGCCCAGCUUGGCAAUGUGUUUCCUCACAUUCUUCAGCCUUCUCUCAACACCAAGAUUGCUUCCCCCUCAUGGGCAGACAGCUGGCUGCUAUUAGCAGGAUCCACAGGGCUGCAGGUGGUAACCAGGCCCUUCCCGUCCUGGGCUGAAGUUUCUUAUGAUUGCCUGUCCCUUGUUUCCAGCUCCUCAGACAACCUCGAGUGUGCUGAGCUACUGCCAGAAGGGUGGGAACAGCAGCAUCCCCUAACUGCAGUGAUGUUCCUUCUGCCCCACCACCCUGCCUGCCUUUGGGGGAAGCUGUCUCUGUACGUGAGGACAUGAGAAAACAGUCCCCAGGCUCACACCCCCCAGCUCUUCCUGACCUACCGCAGCCGCUGCUCCAAUCCCUGCUGAGAGCUCAGCCUAGCAAGUGACUUCCUUUUGCCUCUCUCUUUCCUGCCUUCCGCGGGUCUCAGCCCUGGCUACAUAAGGUCUGGGAGACAUAGUGCUUCCCUUGUUUUCUUGGUAUCUCAGUGUGCGCUGUAGGGCACAGUGGGCAGCCUGCUAGGGGUAGCUAGCUUCCACAUACCCCAUCUCCCAGACUCCCAGCCCAUCCUUGCUUGGUGGCAGGACCUCUUUCCCUAGCUCAAGAGAGGGCCGGCUCUUUAGCCCCGAGUGCCUAUUCCUCCCUCUCCUGCCCCACUGCAUCUGCUGUGUCCUCCUCAGGCAUCCGUCCUGCUUGGGGGAGUCAUCCCUAAGUAAGCACCAGCACAUCCACGGUUGGGCUAGUGCCUGAGGUCUCCGCAGGCCUCUCCACCGCUUCCCCUCGGGAAUCAGCUUCCCCUUGUUGCUUCCCUCCUCCUGCCUCCCACCCUAGGCUUGGGCCUACCAGCCACUCUGGUGCGUCAUCUCAGCGCCACCAAGUUUGUUAGACCUGUCCAAGUUCUAGGAGUUUCCAAACCUUGAAACAGCAGUGAGUCAUCCUCUCCUCCUCGGAUCUGCAAAAAGGAUAGCAUGUUGCAGAGAGGAGCUUGGCCUCAGCCCUAUGGGCCUGAGCUCAGUCUCCCUGUCGGCAAGAGGAAUCAGCAGGACAGAUCGUAGUGCCUUACUCCCUGAUCCUCCCCUGACCAGACCUCCUGGCUCAGCUGCAAGUGUGUGGCUUCUUUCUCCCUAUGUGUCUGUCACCUGCACUCUGUCUCCUGCUGCAGAUAGCCAUGGGGAAAGGAUCCCCCCUCUUGUCCCCAUGUGCCCCACCUGAGGGCCACAUCUCUCCCCCACCAACGAGACAUCACUACCAGCUUUGCCCAGGACAGAAAAGCUGCUUUAGACAGGUACAUGCUCUGCUUCUCGCUCCUUGCAGGUUCUGCCUCUUACCUCUAGCCAGGAAGGUGCGGCCAUCGGUUCACUCGAGACUGGCUCUAUCUGCCCUCCUCCUGGGCACCGGGGACUAAGGCUGCAGGCCUCAGCCUCAUCUCAUCCCAGAGGCUGUGGGACAGAAGAACGGGAACUCUUUCCUCCCACCCACCCAGUCAGGGUUCGCCCCCAUGGCUUCCCUUCUGAGGGAGAGUAUUCAAUGUUUACUUAAGAAAUACCCUGUUUACAGCUAGAAGAGAAAUGACACUGGGUAGACAUGUGAUUCUGGACAGGGGCUGCCCCCCUUUAUGGCACUGCCCGUGGUAGCCCCAGAGCGAAUGAAGACAGAGCUGCCUGGGGCAGGGGCAAGCACCCUUCGCUGCCCUGCUCCCCGGCCCUGUGGUGCUGAGACUGCUCACCACCUUCCCCACAGCCUUCCUGCCCUGGACGUUCCCCACCUCGAUCAUUCCCUUUCUCCACGAUCCUCAGCUCCUUGACGUAUCAGCUAUCUCGUAUCCUAGAAAACCAGUAUUUGGAGCAAUAAGAUUAUUUUUGCUUGAAUCUUUUUCUAAGAAAAGGAAAAGAGCUGACAUUGUGGGAAUCUUCCUUUUAUGCUGUUGGCUGUUUACCUUUUUAGAAGACAGAUAUUAGUACCAUGGAUGUCUGGGUUUUAGCCUUGGGGUAUCUUUUGGAAACUUGGGAAAGCAGGAGCCAGGCUGCUACCCGCUAAGGAAGGGACCCUAACCCUCUGCCCUUGCCUUGCUCCACAUUGCCCCUUCCAGCCCUGCCCACCAGUGGCCUCCCACCAUCGGUCCUGCUCACCUGCCCCUCCUCCUCUCACAUCUGGGGGCACUGUGACUCUUACUCUAGGUGGGCCUCUUGGAUUAUCCCUCCCAGACCUGUGUGGCAGCCCCCAGACAGACGGCUGCUGGGAGUCUCCUGGACCUGGCAACUUCACAGCAGCCGAGCUGACAUCAUUCAGCUCUUCAGGCCACUGGGUUUUGGAGGCUGAAGCCCAGAGAUUUUUGUUCUGCCAUCCUCCCAUACCAGGUUGUAGCACAGCCCUUAGGAUAGCGUAAGUCUGUCUCUGAUCCUGCCUUAGCUAGGCUUCAAGAACAGGGGGCUCCUGUCUGGAGUGGUGCCCCCAGGGACAACCAAUAGGUGUGUCAUAGGAUUGGCCACGUUAGCAUCCACAAACAUCACCAAGAGAUGAAUCCACUGCCAUUGGGUGCCCAAGGGCCCCCUAAGAUUGCAGGGACUACUAAAAGGGAGGUCCCCCAUGUUCUUUUCCAAGAGAAACCACAGAGGAAGGGAGUUUAUUUAGGGACAUAUUAAAGAAAUCUUUUGUGCUCCUGGGGCUUCUUUCCAUCAGAGCAGGGGAGUAUAUUUCAAUAACUUGUUAACACUCAUGUGGGACAGACAGGUGUGAGGGAGGUUUUAAGCCAGGCACAAAGUUAGUUUCAAGUACUAGUUAAUAAAUCUAUUUUCCUUUAUUUUCUUUUUUUGCACAGAAGCUGGUAAUCUAGGACCUACGUGUGAACAACUUUAUAUGAAUAUUUUUUGUACUUGGUUUACUUGGGUUGGUAUGAUACAUUAUAUUUAAGUUCCUUGAACACUGUGGAUCCCCCUAAUGUGUAUGAAUGACUGAGGCUUUGUAAAUUAAGGGACGUUUGUGUGAAUAAAGUUGU